UCGUCGUCGUUUACGAAAUCUUAAAGCCGUUCGUUCGCUUCGCUUCGGAGACAGUUGGUCGGAGUUUGCGCGUGAAGCAGAAGCGGAACGGUCGUUGAAUCAACAUCAACAAAUUGUUUCGGUGAAGGAGUUGAUCGAGAAGCCAUAAGAAAGAUAUCAUUAAAAUUGGAUAAAUCAUCAGUUCCACUGGGAGCUGUGGACGGAAUCUACCGGCAUAUAAGCAUAUCUGGGUUGGAUAAGUACAGGAAAUUAGUUUCGAACGAAUCGCAGUGUUUUGAAGUACGUCUGAACGAUUUGUGCUACUGUGGAUGUUACUGUUGACGACGUGAACUGUUCGUUGGUGUCGUCGUUUCCUUAUCCAUCUUCCGCCAUUCGGUGUGUUAAGAAGAACCUUCUCUGUAGUGACUGGAGUGAGAGUUGUGUCCCCCGGGAUACACGGAAGCGUUGAAGGAAGUUACUAGGAAGCGUAAACGUCAGUAGAUAGACAUAUCAGCGAGCAAAUUCUUGAUCUAGAUUAGCAGCACGACGUAGUGGAAAGGUGUGUCCGUGUCAUUAGCUUGUCUGUCUGUGUUGCUCUGCAUCUCUGUGUAAAGUGCCUUUGGUGGUGCCAUACGUCAGUUCCGGUGCCGGUUUGCAGUCACUCUCUGUGUGUGUGUCUGUGUGUCGAGGGUCAAAGAUAAGCGAAAGUGCCGCAAAACCAGCUGCAUGCAGCCGUGGAUAGUGUUGUGACGUCACUCGACCGUUGACCCCGGAGCAAAGAUGAAGUGUCAAGCCGUAGGACUGUUGCUACUGGCGGCGGUGGCCAGUGCGGUCUCGUACUGCCCAGCACGGUGCGUUUGUGACGAUGAGAAGCUGCACGUGACGUGCGGUGAAGGGGAGCUGGAUGUGUUACCGAUCGCGCUCAAUCCCUCGAUCGGUCGGCUAGUGAUCAAGUUCAAUCGGAUCAAAUCGAUCGACUCGUCGAUUCAGUUCUACACCGAGCUGACGAUGCUCGAUCUGAGCUACAACCAUCUGCUCAGCAUCCCGGAGCGUAUCUUCAUGUACCAGAAGAAGCUACUGCAGCUGCACCUGAACAACAACAAGCUCGGUUCGAUCACGAACCGAACGUUCGGAGGACUGGACGAGCUGCGGGUGUUGAAUCUGCGCGGUAACUUCAUCGAUGCCGUUGGUGUGGAGAUGUUUAAGGCACUGCCGAAGCUGGAGGAACUGAACUUGGGCCAAAACCGGAUCGCGACGUUGCAUGCGAGUGCCUUCGAGGGGCUUGGUAAUCUGCGCGUCCUCUAUCUGGACGAUAACUCCAUCAGUACCAUUCCGACGAUGUCACUAACGCCGCUGAAAGGGCUGGCGGAGCUGUUUCUCGGUACGAACGCACUGUUCAAGGUGUUACCGGGUGCGUUCGAAGGGUUGACGCAGUUGCGCCGUCUCGACAUCCACGGUUCGAUGUUGGUCAACGUGACGAGCGAUACGUUCCGGGGGCUGGAGAACAUCCGGUCGCUCGACAUCUCCGAUAACCAUCUGCUGAAGGUACCGACGGUACAGCUGAGUAUUCUGAAGCGCCUGGAAGAGUUGACGAUCGGUCAGAAUGACUUCGAGAUCAUCCCGGAGGGUGCCUUCUUUGGGUUGUCCAACCUGAAGUCGAUCGACAUCUCCGGGGCGUUGAAUUUACGCCAGGUCCAGUCCGGUGCUUUCUCGGCCAAUCCGAACCUGGAAUCGAUAACGAUUGCCUCGAACAAGGAGCUCCAGGAGCUGGAUGAGGGCGCAUUCGCCGGGUUGCCGCACAUCCGGAAGGUGUCACUGCGUGAUAACAAGAUUGGCACGUUCCAUGAGGAGUUGUUGCCGUGGAAGCACCUCACCGAGUUUGAUCUGACAGAGAAUCCGCUCGUGUGCGAUUGUGAGGUGCUGUGGUUGAGGAAUCUACUCCAGCGGCAGUCGCCGGAGUCCCGGGAUGAACCGCAGAUCGUUUGCGGUGGUCCGGAUCGGUUGCACGGUGAGCUGUUGCGUGACCUGACGGCCGAUCUGCUCGGUUGUCAGCAUCUACAGUCGAAGGAGCGUGCCAUCUUUGGGGCGAUCAUUGUGGCAUCGGCCGCCAGCCUCACGACGUUGGUGCUUAUCGUCUAUCGGUUGCGGCAUCGUAUUCUCGACACUCUGAGGCGUACCGGUUGGAGUGGAAGUAAUAAGAGGGCAACGCUACAGGAAGAGAAGGAUGUUGAGGUGCAGAAGUCACUCGGUGAGGUGGAGUAUCAUCAACCGCACUGUAACAUCUACACGUACAACUACCACCAAGCGUACCGGAACUAUCAGCAUCCGUUCGGUGGUCAAUACACGCUCCCCUAUCCACACUAUCAGACCCAUCAGGUGGGAUCGGGACCACAGAGUCAUCAGACGUUGCAGCAUCAUCAUCAACUGCAACAGCAGCAGCAGCAACAGCAGCAACAACAGCCUUCCGCUUCGAUCGUCUCAGUGACAGGAGCGGUCUAUGGUAGACAGAAGGCUCCACCAC